AUGGACAGAGUUGCGCUGUAAUUAGGCUGGGGAGAUAGUAGUACCUGGUGAAAUAGUUGAGGUGGUGCAAACUGACCCGAAUAACACAGUCAUAAAAAUAAAUUAUCCAGACAAUAUUGUGUUUGUAUCUUAGCUGCAGUUUUAUGCCCCUAGCGUGGGCAAACUUGUCUGGUAUCUAUGCUGGUGGGAGGUACCAGGUGGAAUAGUCGAGCUGUGCUCAAGCUGACCCAUAUACCACCGUCGUAAAAAACAAUUUACAGACAAUAUAUGGGUUUGUCUUUAGCUGCAAUUUUAUGCCCCAUUGAAGAAGGAGAACUGUAUAAAGACAAUAUACAAGUGUGUAUUAAUGAUUGUGAUACUUGGUAGAUAACUGUGCUUGAGUCUGUAUUUUCUUCUGUCACCAUCUUGGUGUGUUGUUUAAUGAAAUAUUAUUGAUUUAUCAGCAAAUAUUGAUCAUGAUUUAGCUUGAUUAAUGGGAUAUAUUAGUUGCAAGUUGUUUUUUCCUAUUACUGAUUGCAAUGUGCAUAAGGUUUAAUUUGGAAAAGUAAAUACUAGCUAGUUUGUUGGUGUCUACUUGUGGAUUGUCAUGUUGGCAGAAGUGAAUUUCUUAUUGAGUAUCCUCAUUUUGCUGCCAAUGGAAACUGAAGAGUUCGGGUCUUUAAUAGAUUAUGGAUUAUUGCUUUGUGGAUAAUACACCAUAAAAUUCGAAAUGAAGUAAUGAACCUUACAGCUCUAUAUUUAAAUCUAAGCUAUAAGACUUAUAGUUUAACAGCGGGUUGCCAUUUGUGCAUGACCAGUCGUACCAAGCUAGAUGUCAUCUUUAUCCAUGUUUCAGCCUUGUAUAUUUGUCAGCUUCUUAUUCUACAUAUUAUCUUUUCCUAUGUGCUUGUAUAUUCAUCACUUGCUAUUCUGAAUCUCUAUGUUUCCAGUGACAGAGCGAUUCCGUCUUCCAAUCUUGAUUUGCAUGUUGCUCACUGCUCCCGGAAACUUGAAAAAUGUAAAAUCUGUGGUGAUAUGGUUCCAAAAAAACAUGCAGAAGAACAUUUCUUGAGCACUCAUGCUCCGGUAACCUGUUCUUUGUGUAGCGAGACAAUGGCGCGUGAGGUGCUAACUGUUCACAAAGGUGAAAAUUGCCCACAAAGGAUUGUGACAUGCGAGUAUUGCGAGUUUCCUUUGCCUGCAAUUGAUUUAUUUAAGCAUCAGGAAGUUUGUGGGAAUAGAACAGAACUCUGUCAUCUGUGUAGCAGAUAUAUUAGGCUCCGUGAAAGAGAUGACCAUGAGAGUAGAUGUAAUGGAGGCACAAAUAUCGUUGCAGAAUCUUCCAGGAACAUUAGUCCAGCUGAGAGAGAUCGUGGUGCUCCUAGAAGGCAGCCACCCAAGAAGCGGCUUCUAUUUACAAUUGCAAUAACAGGCGUUGCUGUUUUAUUUGGCUCACUCAUUUUCCAGAGGAAAGUUGAAAACAGUCAAGUGCCGUAGCAGCUUUACUGUAAUCAAUUAACUGUUUAUCUUACUAUCAGACAAGUUGAUAUAAGGAUAUCUGCGUUUCUAAUUCCUAAUGUACCUACAAGCAAUAUAAUUAACAUGCAAAUCAAAGAUGAGUUCCACUAAAAUAUGGACAGAUAGUCGAACAAUUUGUAUUGUUAGUUGAUCAAAAUAAUGUAAUCGCCUUCUUGAAAA